AUGUCAUACAGUACCAAAGUUUCGUUCCAAGGACUACUACCCUUUAUGCUUUAGGGGGGUUUUUCCCACUUCGUUUGGUGUGAUUCUCUCUAUAUAGCGCCCACCUUCAUUUCUCGCUCACACCGCUUCUCUCUUUUUCUUUGAUAGGCUCUUUGAGCUUUUUCAAUCUCUGAAUUACAGAAGAAGAGAUGGCAGAGGAGAAGAAGCCCCAACCAAUUCCUGGUGUAUGGCCAAAGGUUAAGCCAUUUGUCAAUGGUGGCACAUCCGGUAUGCUCGCUACCUGCGUCAUCCAGCCCAUUGAUAUGAUCAAGGUGAGGAUUCAGCUGGGCCAGGGAUCUGCGGCUUCGGUGACUAAGAAUAUGUUGAAGAAUGAGGGUCUUGGCGCAUUCUACAAGGGGCUGUCUGCUGGACUACUUAGGCAAGCUACUUACACCACCGCUCGACUGGGCACAUUCAGGAUUUUGACAAAUAAAGCCAUUGAAGCAAAUGAUGGGAAGCCCCUGCCUCUAUAUCAGAAGGCCCUGUGUGGGCUAACUGCUGGUGCUAUUGGAGCAAGUGUUGGUAGUCCAGCUGAUUUAGCACUAAUCCGUAUGCAGGCUGAUGCAACUCUCCCUGCUGCUCAGCGCCGGAAUUACACAAAUGCCUUCCAUGCUCUCUACCGUAUAGUUGCUGAUGAAGGGGUUUUGGCGCUAUGGAAGGGGGCAGGCCCAACUGUUGUGAGAGCAAUGGCGCUGAACAUGGGAAUGCUUGCCUCUUAUGAUCAAAGUGUUGAGUUUUUCAGGGAUUCCCUUGGAUUUGGUGAAGCUGCUACUAUAGUGGGGGCCAGUACUAUUUCCGGAUUCUUUGCUUCAGCCUGCAGUUUGCCCUUUGAUUUCGUCAAAACCCAGAUUCAGAAAAUGCAGCCGGAUGCUCUGGGAAAAUAUCCAUACACCGGCUCUUUGGACUGUGCUAUGAAAACCCUCAAGGCAGGAGGACCAUUAAAGUUUUACACUGGAUUUCCUGUGUAUUGCGUUAGAAUUGCUCCUCAUGUUAUGAUGACAUGGAUAUUCCUGAACUACAUCCAAAAGGCUGAGAAGAAACUUGGAUUGUAGUAUACUUGAGGGAUGGAAAUUUCUCCCGAACUUGAGCUCUUAAAUAAUAAAUUUCGGCGUUGUUGUACUUCUAGAUGGUUAUGGUGGGGUUUCACCUCGAAGUCGAACUCAUAAAUCAAGAGACUUAGACAGCGAAAUUGAUGCAUUUUUGGUGUGCAACGGAAUGGGGAUAUUAUAAAAUUCCUUUGAAUUUGAGUUUUUCAUUUAGAAAUCUGCCUAAACUUGAGAAAGAGAUUGAACCUGAAUAAAUGGCGGGAUUGAAGUUGAAAAUGUAUUCUGUGUCCUUUUUCUUAUUAAACCCUUUUGCUUCUUGAGAAGUUGCUCUGAAUUGAUUCUUGAUUUGGCAGGAUGAUGUCCACGCCCAUCCAUUCUCCUA